AAUCACAUCAGCUGAUCACACUGUACUUUGGUGGCAGGGGCAUUCCACAAUACACCACCACAUUCUGCUGUCAGCAGCAGCUGCGAGCAGCAAGUUGUCUGGCAGCUGACUGGCCUGACCUGACACAGCAUAGCGAGCGUAGCGUCGUUGAGAGGGUUCAGUAAUUCCAUGUCGAUUUUGAGGCCCACCGACGCUCUGCAUAUCAUUCGGAACAUCUUGGAGAAUUUUAACAAGUGCUUUUAUUGAGCCAAAGUGAAUAUUUCAAUUCGUUAGUGAUGAAAACGAAGGUACUCGUAGCAUGUUUGUGUGUGGGGGCUGCACUGUGUUGUGUGACAAUAGAAGCUAGCGAAAAGAAGUACAAACCAAUUUUUAUCAUACAUGGAAUUCUGUCAGGGAAUGAAAGUAUGGUGGAAAUGGCCAAAAAAAUUGAAUUGGAGCAUCCUGGAACAGAAAUACAAGUUACGGGAAGGUUUGGUGGAUGGUCUAGUCUAGAACCAAUGUGGCAUCAAGUUCUUGAAAUUGGAAAAGAUUUGAUGCAGUUUGCUGCAUCACAUCCUGAAGGAAUUCAUCUCAUUGGAUAUUCACAAGGUGGACUUAUUGCAAGAGCUAUUCUGCAACAGUUUCCAAAUCACAAUGUUAAAACAUUCAUUUCUCUUAGCUCCCCUCAAGCUGGACAAUAUGGAACUGAAUUUUUACAUUUGAUUUUUCCAACUUUGGUGAGGAAAACAGCAUAUGAGCUAUUUUAUUCUGCAGUGGGGCAACACACUUCAGUUGGAAACUAUUGGAAUGAUCCUCACGAGCAGCAACUCUUUUAUAAUUAUAGCAGAUUUCUGCCAUAUGUCAAUAAUGAAUUGCUCUCAAGCCGGAGCGAAGUAUACAAACAUGGAUUAAUUAAACUGGAACGUCUUAUCCUUAUUGGUGGACCUGAUGAUGGCGUCAUUACUCCUUGGCAAUCCAGUCAUUUUGGAUAUUAUAAUGAAAAAGAAGAAGUUAUUGACAUGCGACAGAGAGAAACGUAUAAAGAAGAUUUAUGUGGUUUGAAAACUCUUGAUUUAAAUGGGAAACUAACUUUAGUAGAACUUAGUGGGGUAUCUCAUUUGCAUUGGCACACCAAUGCCACAGUUUUAGAAAAAUUCAUUUUACCUUUUCUUGAUUAAUAUUUUUAAUUGAAAAGAUUAGGGGAAUUAUUACAUAUCUCAAAGCUCAAGUUUUGCAGUGAAAAUUCAUUAGAAACAUUAAAAGUUAUUUUCUUGCUUUUUAAUAAAGCUUUACUGAAUUUUUCUGUAAUACAACACACAUAGUGCUUCUAUUUGCAAGUACAUUCUGCGAUGUAAGAUAUAUAUUUUUGAAUUGGCUUCCAUUAUUCAUUGAUCUUACAACCAAAUGAAAAUGAUGAGAGUUAUUGAGCAAAUUAGAAAUACACUAUUAUCUUUGGCCAAAGUGUUAUUUGUUUUAAGAAUUCAUUGACAUUAAAUGUAUAAAAUAUUGAGCCAGGAAAAUGUGCAGGUGUUUAUUAGGAUAAACAUCUUAAAGUUUCUAAGGUACAAAAAAAGCAUGCUCAGGGUAUGACAACCGACAGAUAUUUUUAAUAUGCUUGUUUUUUUCAAGCAACCUUUCAAUAAUGUUGUUUUAUGUUCUUUAAUUUAUGCAUUUUUUGUUCUACUCUCAGUUAGUUUUAUGAAGUUCUUCUGAUCGAGGAAUGUGAUGGAAAGGAGUUUAAAUUUUAUUGUUAAAUAGGUAAUGGUCAUCUGUUGUCUCUUCAUUUUUACAUUGCAGAGCUCAACUGUGAAGCAGCUGAAAUUCUUAAAUGUUUUGUUCUUUAUAUUUAUUUUCAAUUCUCCUUUUCGUUUGUUCAGAGAACAAAUCUCCAUUGAAAAAAUCAGGUUGCAGUGUAAUCUAAGCAACAGCAACUUCUACUGCUUUUAAAUACAUAUAAAAGAAAUUAGCAAGGUAGUUGAGAACACUAAACUCUUAAAGUGUUAUGUUUUCUUUGUUCUCUGGGAAGACUGUUAAUGUGUCAUUGCACUUCAGGGUACAGGGCAGUUAGCAUCUGAUAUUAGUACUUUUGUAUCUACCUAUUUUUGAAUUGAAGUCUUGAAAUAAAAAAGGAUGCAAGUGCCUAUUUCAUCCUUUCCAGAAAAAGGAGUUUAUAUAUACGUUAAACUUAUUGGCACAUGCAACUCUUGCCAUUUACAAUCACCCUGUAACACUACCACCAAAUGUGUCGAAACUUUGAUUCUUAUUUAUGUUAUAGAGACUGAUUCAUUCAUUAUUCUGAUAAAAAUAUAAAUUAAACAGAAACGGCAGUUGCAUCAUUUCUUUAUUUCAGGUCUUCAAUUAAUUACACCCUUUGUUUUGUUAAAUUGUACAUUCAUCUUCUUUAUUUAUCUUUUUGGUAAUAAUUGUCACUUUUCUUACAUUAAGUUUUACUUCUUCUUUACCAUACAUUUCAUUGCAGUUCCAAAAUUUCUUUUAUUAUACAAAUUCAUUUUUAAAAACCUUUUAAAAUUAUUUUGUUAUCACAUCAGAAAAUGUUGAAGUUUCAAGUGCAUAUUAUUUAUAUUAUUUUUACAUUGAGAAACGUUUUCAAUAUUCUUUCAAAUCGAUUUUGUUUGUUGUGAUAAGUAAAUGUAACUAAAUGUGGUUAUACUUGUGAUUUCAAUUUGAAAGAAUUCAAAUUUGAAAUCUAAAUUUUAUUUCUCACUGUGACAGGUCUAAUCAAAUUUCUUUAUUACAAUGAAUUCUUGAAUGAACGAAAUGAGAAAAUGUGCUUUUAUUUAUCUUUUAGAGUAAAACAUGUGUUCAAAAAGUGACAUAUUGCUCAUUUUGGUAGCUAUAAAUUAGAUAAUUAUUGGAACCUUAAAUAGUAAAUGAUAUUUUCACUGCAAAACCAAAGGUGUACAUAGGUACUAUUUUAUAUAUUGUUUCCUUGACAGCUCGAAACCAUAAAGGACAGUUUUGCCCUAAAAAAGUAUGAUAUUAUAAGUUCUCUUUGAAGUCAGGGUGUUAUCUCCUAUUGGAGAAGACAUCUAAGUAAAUGUAUGGUAUAUUCACAUUGUUUCCGCAUUCAUUUAAAUGUUCUAUUGUAAGAAUUAUAUUAAAAAUUUGUUGUCUUAGUAUCUGUUAAUUAAGAUAAUGCUUGUGAUUAAGAAAUUAUUUUUGUAGAAAUCUCUGUGUGUUUUGUAAAGUACAUUGUGGUGGUUCAGUGUAGUAAUACAUUGUUCCAACUGGUUAAGUCAAAAUCUCUCUCAACCACUUUCAUUGUUUCAAGUGAAGUAACUGAUGUAUUGAUAUUAGGCUACUUGGUCUGAACAUAUGUGUGUCUGGUAAGUUUUAUAUAAAUUCUGAUAUUUGUGUGCAUUUAAAUAAAAUAUUCAUUCCUAUGAGUUUGAUAGUAUGUGCAUUUGAUAAUAAAUGGAUUUGAUAUGACAUUAUAUUAUACACCAUCAUGAAACUUUUGAGAAAUUAAGGUCAUUUAGAUCAUAAUUAUUCACAACGAUAAUUUUAUGACAUUUUAUUUGAUUUUUUGUGGUGUUGAACUCUUAUUUUCUUCUCAAAUCUUCAUAACAAAAGUAGUGCCAAACAAUGUUUUUGAAAUAUUUUCUGGUGUUGUAUUUCAUUUUGUACAAGAUAAUAGUAUAUAUUUCUGUAAUGUGUGAUAUCGAAGUAGUGUAAUAAAUCACUCGAUGACCUAUAUUUAAGAAUUAAUUGUUUUCUUCGUUAU